UUUUGACUUUUUUUUUUAAAGAUAUAUUUUCAAAUUUCUUCAAAACCAAAAUUUCUUUUAUCAUCCGUUGAGGAGAAACUUCAAACCAACCAGCCAGCCAUGAACGAUCUUCUCUCCCGCUCUUUCAAACGGUCCGUAGCCGACGGCUCAUCGCCUCCUCACUCCCACAGUAUCGAGAUGCCAAAGGCUAAGCACUCAGGCGGGAGCAACCUCGACAAGUUCUUCCUCGACGUGGAGGAGGUGAACAGCGAUCUGAAAGAGCUCGAUCGCCUCUGCCACAGCCUCCAAGUGAGCCACGACAAGAGCAAGACGCUCCAUAACGCUAAGGCGGUCAAGGAGCUGAAGGACAAGAUGGACUCUGAUGUCUCUAAGGCGCUCAAGACGGCCAAGCGCGUGAAAGGAAACCUCCAGGCGCUGGAUCGUGCCAAUGAAGCGAACCGGAGUUUACCGGAAAGUGGACCGGGUUCGUCUUCUGACAGGCAAAGGAUGGCGGUGGUUAAUGGGUUGAGGAAGAAGCUGAAAGAUGCGAUGGAUCAUUUUAUGAGAGUGAGAGAGACGAUCUCGGCGGAGUACCGAGACACAAUUCGCCGGUUGUACUUCACCGUCACCGGAGAAAAUCCCGACGAGGAUACCGUCGAUCACCUAAUCUCUACAGGUGAUCAUUUCCUCAGAAUUAUUUAUUCUUAUUUUUUGAGUUAUUUCAAAUUUCAAACAGCAAGAAAAUAGCAAAAGAAUCAAGAAAAAUAGCAAACGGUUUAGUUUUGGUUCAGUUCGGUCUAGAUAUCCACAAUAUCUUAAAGAUAGAAUCUGUUCAGGUUAUUGUGUUUUUAGUUCAGUUCCAAUUCAGUCCAAAUAUCCACAAUCUAAUCUAUUAAAACUGAAGUACAAUUAGAAAAUAAU